AUGUUCAUUGAUUCCAUAUCAAUUUACCCACCGCAUGCUGAUUUCCCCCCACUUUCUAUCUUGUUCAGCAUUGUGGCAUGCAACACCGAUAAUUUCCAAAGUCAAUUAGCAGAUGUGUUCACCCAUCUUAAUGAAGUCGAGGUUCAACUGAAUGGUCUCGAGGCUUGGGCCGGUCUACCACCCGAAUGUUUUACCUCUACUCCGACCCACUCACAAGGCCUUGCUCCGGAUUUAGACCAAGCUUCGAAUGAAGCACAGGCUCUGGUCGAGCUUGUACAUCGACUAAAAACCACAUUGCGUUCGUUAAUUUCGAAACCAGCAAGCAAUGCUUCAGAUAUUCCCGGUCCUAUUGCCCCGGGUCCUCCUAAAGACAAUCCUACUCCAUCAAAACGACCUCCAACACAACCGUCGGUGGGUGGUACAACUGUGGCUGGUUUCGCUACCGGUGUCGGUGCCUCGACAGAGCCGGAAUCAGGGCGUCAAAUGGAACUCACAAUGACUCCAAAUGAGUAUGGAACUCAAAACACAGCAGCUGAUGAGCUUAGUUUGACCCCUCAUGCGCAGCGAUAUGCUUACAACUCUCCGGGCUCUGUCCCGCCAUUUCCACCCACUAUGCCCGGGACCAACUACGGUCCAUUGUCCACAGGUUCAAAUCCUUCUCCUGGUGUUCCUGGUUCGUAUCUGUCGGCUGAAUUGCAUUCUCAACCCCAUCUGCCGUCUGCCAAGAUUGGAUACACAGAUCCGAUCACAGGUCUACCGUCCCGGUCCACAUACUCUGGUUAUUCGACGCCAAAUACCAAUCCUGAUCCGUUCAGUGGACCGUAUAGUUAA